UUAUCAGCUGAUUGAUAAAUCGAGAGCAGAAUAUUUCUUCCUGAAAAUAAUAUCAGUUACGCCCCAAUUCGCCCGGAAAAAAAAUCCAACGCCCGGUUGAAUUGCAACUGUCAGGAGUGUGACCAUUAGUUCAAUACCGAGUUGAUUGAUCAUAAUGGCUGAAAACGGGGAUGUUAUUGAGGGAUUUAUAUGUCCUAUCUGCAUGACUGAUUUGAAAACACCGAGUCAGCUCACAAAACAUUUUGAGGAGGUUCACAAUGAUGAUCCCGAGAUAUUAAAAUCACUCAAAGAUCUAUUCGGAAAAGCUAAGAAAAAGAUUCUGAAGCAGGAUGAGAUUAAUGAGAGUUUAUCCGAGCCAAAUGUAUCGAUCAGCAAGCGGAGGACGAGUCCUGAAAUCAAUUGGGGGCCACAGGAAAUCGGUGCUAUAAAAACGCAUACCGUUUACUUCAGAGACAUCAGGAAUGCAAGACUGGAGAGAUACUCUGCUGAAACUAAUAAACUGCUGAUUAGAUUGGAUAAAUUAUUGAAUAAUUUGCCGACUGAUCCAAUCGAUCGAAAAGUCCAUGAGAAAACCAUAGUUCCUUGGAUCGACGACAAAGACGUUAAACUCUGCCCGAACUGCGCCAGAAGUUUCCACCUAGCAAGGAGAAAGCAUCACUGCAGGCUAUGUGGUGCUGUAAUGUGUCACGACUGCACAAUGUUCUUAUCUCUACUAGAUGCCAGGAAAAUGACGAGCCCAGUAUCCGUCCAGGACGACUCAGCAGUUUCGCCAACAGCGCCAGAAUCACACUUAACAGGUAGAAUCCUCCGAGCUGGAAUCGGUCUUACAAAACUUGCACGUUCUCCAUCGAGUAGUAGUUUAAACAGUGUUUUGUCAUUGGUGAAUGAUCCAGCGAGUGGUGAACAGCAUUUUCGGUUGUGCAUUCACUGCAAGAAUCUUCUGGACGCCAGGCAGAGGCUACAAGCACGACAAUUCUCAAAACCAAUAAUCAACAAGUUUUAUGAGACAAUGAGGACUUACAUGGAGGAGGCGACCAAGUUCAUGACGAUGUAUCAGAAAAUGUGGGAGUCCUUCAAUGAAGGAGAAACGACGUACGACCUCCGAGACGCGCAAAUCCUCCGAGUGAAGAUAGCAAAAAUAGGUGAAAACGUGGACAACAUCAGCAAACGAAUUCUAGCGAUUGGAACAGCUGAUGUGGACAAUCCACCGCAGGGGCAGGCCCUCAGACUCCACCAGAUGGUCAGAGCCUCUGCCAUGAUUUUUCUGAAAGAGCAUCUACUGACAAUCCCUUCAUUGCCAAGUGAAGAGGUGUACCUUGCACUUCAAGAGAAACGCCAGCAAAGGAUUGAGGAGCGAGUGGCCUUCGAGAGGCAGUUGGAGAUUGAAGAAGCUUUGAGGGAGAGGCGAAAGGAGCAGAGGGUCGAUAAUAAGAGUGGAAUGAGCAGUUCAUCGGUUAAAAAUAAUGAGCCAAUAAUGGAAAAAUCUGAUGGCUGGGGGCCAUCGAGUGCAGUCGCAAUGCUCCCCUCAAGUACAAUGGACCCAAUUAUCGAGCAAAUGAACAAUCUACGGUCCUACAUAAAGCAGGCACGGGCUGAGUGUAAAUAUGACGAGGUAGCAACCCUCGAGGGCAAUUUAAAAGAACUCCAAAGUGCAUACUUUGCAAUGAAACAGACCAACGAUAGUUAAUCGUAAAAAUAAUAGUCAAUUGCAAGAGGAUUUGUAAUCAAAAUAAGUAGAUAGACCUCUUUAUUAUUCACGAUGUUUGAUAUUCGCCAUCACCAGCUAAGUCGUUCAAUGUUUAAUGACAUUUAUAAGAAUAUCCAUUCCAGUAAUUGUACGAGUCAAAUCCAUGGCAUUUAUUUUUCAAUUUAUCUUUGGAUAUUGUGAUGUUUUGUUAAGCUUAAGUGUUGGAUGUGAGCAUAUCUAUGUGGCUUGUAAAUAAUUUUUACUAAGUAUUUUGUUGCAUCUUUCACUUGAAACUUAGUUGUUUUACAUUAUAUAUUCUAUCGUAAAAAAUAUUUAUCAUAUAAAAUAUAGAAAUUUAUAUAAAAACAAGGAGUAUUUGAUUGAGAUAUAAUACAUUCAUCUGUGACGUGU